AUGGCAGCCGUUUCUUCUUCCCCCAAACCGCACAUUCUCAUCAUCCCCGGAGCAUGGUACCCGGCCUCAAACCUGGACACGUUCAUCGAGUCGCUAGAAGCCGCAGGGUACUCCGCUGAAGCCUUCUCACUCCUCAGUUUCGACACAGCAGGCGUCUCUGUCCAAGACGACGAAGAACAGGUGAAAGCUUCACUCACAUCUCUCGUUGACAAUGGAAAAAGCGUCAUCAUCGUUGCCCAUUCGUACGGCGGGUUAGUUGCAUCGGGAGUUAUCGCCAGCCCGGGUCUAGAUAAAAGGACCAGAGAAUUACAGGGGUCAAAGGGGGGUGUCGUUGGUAUUGUAUAUCUGGCGGCCAUUAUACCUGCACAGGACGAGGGGAUUCUUCAACUGGUAGGUGGGAAGUGGUUGGAGUACAUUGAUGAUACCAAGGCUGAAGCGGAAUGCCUUCUCUACACGUUCAACCCAACAGAGACCUUCCACCAUGACUGCUCAGCCGAAUUAGCUAGCAGUGUUACAAAGACCCUACUGCCACACUCUGAACUGGCCUUGAAAACAGCGCCUUCGGCGGUAGGAUGGAAAGAUGAGGCAUAUGACGGUCGCCGCGCAUACAUUCGCUGUCUUCAGGAUAAGGCGCUUCCUAUUGGCAUACAGGAACACUUGGUUGCUCGAUCGGAAGUCGAGUGGGUGGUCAAGACUCUGGACUCUUCACACAGCCCGUUUCUGUCGAUGCCGGGCGAGUUGACGAGGGUGUUGGAGGAGAUUGUAGAAGAGUUUGCAAAGCGUUGA